CCGACCAUCUUCGAGCAUUUGGUUUUCUGAUUCCUUUGACGAAGGAGUUGCUUCGAAACCCAAGCAACAUUGUAAUACACCGGAAGUGGGAUGUAACUUUGACAAGUGUGGACAAAACAACAGUGGAAUGGCGACAUCAGCGUGCUCUACCGCAAACUUACAGUUUGCGCCUUUUAGCAGUGCACUUGAUGCAGGAUUCUGGCACAAACUUUCAGAAAAUAAGCUUGACGUGUACGGCUUAGAUGAUAAGCCAAGAAAGAUUCACGGUUUUUAUUUCAAUGGAGAUGCAGUUGGCAUACCAUGUCGUCUGAAUGUAGACUAUACAGCCUUCAAUGAAAUUCCCCAAAUUCCUCCCAACUAUUUCCUUUCUCAUGGCAUACUCCAGAACAAAAACACCAUUGAUGCUUUCAAAAGUUGUGAUAAGAAGGAGCUACUCAAUGAUAUCGCACAUGAGUUAUGGUUGGACAUCACCAGUGGUAAAGCUAUAGAUGACCCUACUUUGCUUUCAAAAUUCCUGAUGCUGACUUAUGCAGACUUAAAAAAGUACCACUACUAUUACUGGUUUACCUUCCCUGCACUGUGUGCACCUGAAACAUUCCCAUUAACAAAGAAACCAAUCAGAUUUAGUGAGAGAUUUACAGAAGAACAGACAAACGCAUUCUUGGCUGCAUACACUCAGUUCCAAGAAUCCACCAGGGGGCAGCGUGGGGUCAAGACAGGCUACUUCAUCCUUCAGGAAACUCAAACAGGGUUACAGGUGGCAAACCUGAAGGAUGCUGACAGGCUUUUAUCUGACCCACAGGGAAAAGUGUUAUUUUGUGUGUGUGACCCCAGUACCCUAGCAGAACACCCUGGUUGGCCUGUCAGAAACCUGCUCACCCUUAUAGCUUAUCACUGGGCUGAUAAGUUGCCAGAGGUAGAGAUAGUGUCAUUUAGAGACAGGAUAAGCCAGGGUUCCAGGGACAUCAGUCACAGUCUGGUCUUUACUGUUCAGCUGCAGUCUCUAUCAAACUUGACAGAGUGUCCAAAGUGUGUGGGUUGGGAGAAGAAUGCCAAGGGAAAGUUGGUUCCAAGAAUGGUGGACCUCAGUGCUACCAUGGACCCUGUCAAGUUGUCAGAGUCGUCAGUCGACUUAAACCUGAAGCUAAUGAGGUGGAGACUGCUACCAGAGUUAGACCUGGAGAAGAUAACGAGGACGAGAUGUCUGCUCCUGGGGGCCGGGACAUUAGGGUGCAAUGUGGCUAGAUCAUUACUGGGAUGGGGAGUUAGGAAAAUCACGUUUGUGGACAAUUCAAGAAUAUCCUAUUCCAACCCAGUGAGGCAGUCACUGUUUGUAUUUGAGGAUUGCCUACAUGGAGGCAAAGCCAAGGCUGAGGCAGCGGCCGAGUCACUGAGGAGGAUAUUCCCAGGGGUGGAUGCUCAGGGACACUCACUGACCAUCCCCAUGCCUGGGCACCCUCUAUCAGAGAGCAGUAUUGAGCAGACCAGGAAGGAUGUGGCAGUACUGGAGGAGCUGGUGGACCAGCAUGAUGUGAUAUUUCUACUGAUGGACACCAGAGAAAGCAGGUGGUUGCCCACAUUACUGGGGGCUGCCAAGGGAAAGAUUGUAUUGAAUGCAGCCCUGGGUUUUGAUACCUUUCUGGUAGUCAGACAUGGAGUAAAGAUGCCAGGAGAACCAAUGGACACAGGGCCGCCAGGAGAGGCAAAAUUAAGCUCCAAUGUACAUGGAAGUCAACUGGGAUGCUACUUCUGUAAUGAUGUCGUUGCACCAGGAGAUUCCACCAGAGAUCGCACCCUUGACCAGCAGUGUACUGUGUCCAGGCCGGGGAUGUCCAUGAUUACAGCUGCACUGGCUGUAGAACUGCUGGUGUCCAUACUACAGCACCCUGAGGAGGGCGGGGCACCUGCUGAUACCAGUGCUAGAGAUGAACAUAUCACUAAGGACAUGAUGUCUAUACUGGGCCUUGUGCCCCACCAGAUUCGUGGAUUUCUGUCAAGAUACUACAACCUUUUGCCAGCUAGCAGGGCCUUUGAGAAGUGUACAGCAUGCUCAAGUAUAGUUAUUGAGCACUAUAGAAAAGAAGGAUUUGGCUUUCUGCUGAGUGCUUUCAACCAGCCCAGUUAUCUGGAGGACCUCACAGGACUGACACAGCUACACCAGGAAACCCUGGACUCUGAGGUGUGGGCCAUCAGUGAUGAUGAUGAAAGCAUGUAACCCAAAGGGAAGAACAUCAGACAUAAAUAAAAGAAGAUUUUAACAACUCAACACAAGCACAUAGCAAGGUCCAUCAGUUAUUCAGUCCAUAUUGAUGGAUAUGCAUUGUUUCCUAUGAAAUAAUCAUCAAAACUAGGUUGAAUUAAUGGUCCACUUGGAAAGACAGGAGCAUGUCGACAGUCUGAAGCUUUAUUUACCAAAAUUUUCAUCUUUUUUUUCACUACAUAUUCACAGAUGUGUCUCUGGCUUAUUCAUUACAGAAAAAUGCACUUAAUAAUAAUAUUUACCUAGGGCCCUGGUAGAGUGUGGGCAUACUCCCUGUAUUUUCAUUUUUGUCUCAUCUUCUUUAUGCCUCCGAUGAACAUAAUUUUAUUCCCAGUACACUAUACACUUUGCUCAUACAUUCGGACUAUCAAACUGUCAGGCUAUUAAACCUUCAGACAAUCAAACCUUCAGACCAGCGAGCCUUCGGACUAUUGCUAUUGUCCAAGACAGCCUGUGUAAGUGACCUAAGAGCAAAGAUUUCAGUGACUUGACCUGUUGAACUGACAAAGCCAGGACAUCACACGGGAGGUACCCUAGGUUCAAGAUUUCAGAUUUUCCAGCUUGAUCUUGAUUUUAUAAUUAUA